AUGGACCAAGACAGUGUUGUCAGCGCCAGAAGUGAAAAGAGUAGUCUUACUCAACAGCAAACUGUGCUCCAGAACUUUCCAGUCCAAGGCUGUGAUCCCAGACAACAAAUGAACUUCCCACCACAUGUACCCUCGGCCUGUGCCUUUCCAGGAGAAGGUAAUCGAGGCCAUUCUGAAAUGCAUAGCCGUGGCAUGCCUAUCGGGCAAGCUCAGAUGUUCCCACAUCAAGGUCCAUCUGUUUCACAACAUCCCGGUUUUAAUUCUAGCUGGAACACUCCCCAACCACCGACCAAUCAACCAUUUCUCCCUUAUGCCUCCCCGACUAUGUUUCCUUCCCAACAGUGCAUGAACAUGAUGGGAUGGUCUGGACCUCCGCAAAUGGCUGGUUGCCAGCCUUCAUCAGCCUUUCCCAUGCAACCACUUGCUCCUUCGUCAAAUCAGUCCUACCCUCAGAGUCAGUCAAAUCAGCCCCUUAUUCCAAUAGACACGAGUGGUGUUGCCCAAAAGAUAUCGCAUGCCCACACUCCGGCUUCUAGUAACAGAGGCGGAACUCAGCAGAUUGAUCAGUACGGCCAUGACGAAAAUGCGUGGGUGGAGAAUGCUACGGCUGUUACUGGGGCUACAAGCGAGACCGGAUUGAGUGCAGACAAUUUGUCUCGUUUCGGAGCUCGUUAUGGCCUUUUAGCUUCAUUGGGGAUUAACAACAGCCCUAACUCAUGUAUUGGUGGAGCUGCUGCAGCUUUGAUCCGAACAGAAAUUGAUGAUUUUCAGACGUAUGCAUGCACUCGACUGCUUGGAUUUCUAGUGUAUUUUGGUCUUGGAUUUUGUUCAGUCUGUUCUCCUGUUCUUAUGGUUAUAUUUCCAUAUCUACCAUAUAUUGGCUGGACUACGGAUAAGUGUGAUCAUACAUGUGAGGGUCAUCUUAUUGGGAUGGCAGUGAAAUUGGCAUUAUUGAGUCUGGGGACUUGGAUCUUAAUGGCUCCUCAUUGUCCUAUUUUUACUGGUGGUCGUAAGGUUCUUCCAAGGGUGAGACUAUGGCGAAGUCUCUUUCUCUGCCUCAUUUUUGUCAUUCUGUUCGCAUUUUGGCUGUUCUAUAGUGUACGUAUCCUCCAACCACGGAGACGAGACUAUGGAUCUAUUGUUUUAUUUUCUAAAAGCUUGUCAGAUGCUUUACUUUUCCUGAAUUUCUCUGGCAUUGCUCUUUUGGAAUUUCAACGGCUGAGAUCUCACUAUGCAGUUCAUGUAGUCAGGUCUCCCGAUGGUGCUUCAAAAACCUAUAGACUAGGAGAUAUGUCCCUGCAAAAGGCGGCACUUGAGAUUUUGCAGAUGUAUAUGGUUGAUUUUACCGUUUACACGCAACCUCUCUCCUCGGGUAGCCGUAGAAACAAACGCGGGGGUUCUGCAACACAUGGUGGUGAUGCUGGAAACGGCACAAACAACGCAGGCGGUGGCGAUGUUGGUGGCUCAAAAUACAAGUUUUACGACGUUGAUGGUCGUGACAAAAGUGGAACGCAGACUCCUGGCGGUAACCAGACGAGCGGAGGAGGUGGAAAUGGACCGUCUGCGUCUGCCCGUCUUUACGACGAGAUAGAGGCCGAGAAGCGGGUCCGCAAGCGUCGAAUGCGUCUUCUCCUAGCCGUGGAGGAUGCCUUUGCUCAUGCUGGUCGAAUGGCCAGGGAGGCAACCGCUGGGGCAAGCGAUCUCAAUCGGAACUCCAUUGGGAGUGAUCGCCUGGCAGGUGGCCUCUCGCCAUUUCAAAAUGGUUUGUGUUGGUUUCUGCACUUUUAA